AUGGCUUCUUUGCUGAAAUCUGCGACACGCCCCUCCGCCCUCAGACUCGCCGCCUCAUCAAACCCUCUCCGAUCUAUCACCACUGCCGACCGGACCUUCAUCCGACAGAAAGCCACUCUCCCUGACUUGGCCUAUGAAUAUGGAGCUCUGGAACCAGCUAUCUCUGGAAAGAUCAUGGAGCUGCAUCACAGCAAGCACCACCAAACAUAUGUAAAUUCCUACAACGACGCAGCCGACAAGUUUGCCGCCGCCGAAGCAAAGGGCGAUGUCGCCACCAAAGCCUCACUCCUCCCAUUGAUCAAUUUCCAUGGUGGAGGUCAUCUCAACCACACCUUGUUCUGGGAAAAUUUGGCGCCCAAGAACAGCGGUGGUGGUGAGCCGCCCUCGGGUGAUCUUGCCAAAGCCAUCGACACGUCUUUCGGAGGGUUGGAAGAACUCAAGAAGAAAUUCAAUGCUGCGCUAGCUGGAAUACAAGGCAGUGGUUGGGCUUGGUUGGUCAAGGACACUCAGACCGGCAACAUAUCAAUCAAGACCUAUGGAAAUCAGGAUCCGGUUGUGGGCCAAUUCAAGCCGUUACUGGGAAUCGAUGCUUGGGAGCAUGCUUACUAUUUGCAAUAUCAGAACCGCAAGGCCGAAUAUUUCAGCGCCGUCUGGGACGUGGUCAAUUGGAAGGCCGCCGAGAAGAGGUUUUCUAGCUAG